CAUUCAGCAGCAGCAGCAGCAGCAGCAGCGCCGCUCGCUCACGCCAUCUCGCGUCAUUCCCGACGAGCCUUCGCUGCCGAUGCAACCCGACACAAGCCACGAAAUGCCCGCGCCUGUAGAACUGAACGAGGCCGAGAAGCUAGCGCUGGCUGAAAGUGCCGACUGCAUCCAGUUCGACGAGGACGAAUGCCCCGGCCUGGACGCCGUUGAUGGAUCCAGUCCGUCACCCAAAAAGAGCAUGUCGUCGAGGCGCACCGAUCCCCGCCGGUCUAGCACAAACCACUUUGCGCGCAUCACCGCCGCAUUGCCUGUGCUCGAUCUCGAUCAGGAGCCCGGCGCUGGCAAGCGUCUCGAGCCAUCUGUCUCUGCGAGUGCAGUUGCCAACCGUCGCAUGUCGCGUCUGCCCGUUCCACCAAGCGCGAGCAAAACGCCCACCAUGUCUCCUGCUCUGGAGCGCAUUCGAGGCACUCCCAACGCGCGUUCACGCAGCAGUGACUUUGGUCUGGUCUCGUCCGCCGCGCGUCAGCGACACUUGCAGCAACAGCAACAGCAGCAACAUCAGCAACAGCAGCAACCGAGCCAGGGACAAGCGCCCGCAGCUGGUAGCACAAGUGGCAGCUAUUCCCUUUCGCCCGCGCAGCAACAGCGCCAGUUUGACGAGGCACUGCAGAUUGCCAUCAACGAGGAGCGUGUCAAGCUGUCGCGCGAGCGGUUUGCGAUUGAGCGCAUGAGCAUGGCCCAUCGCAACGAGAUUGCCACCCGCGAUGCGUGCAUUGCAUCCCUCGAGACUGAGAACAGCGAGCUGAAACUUAAACUGGAAGAGAUGGCCAGCCAACUGGCCGUGCUUGAGAGCGAACGAGCGCGCGCAGCGGAGGCGCACUACUCGCAGACGGCGCAACUGGUGGAAGCUCGGUCCGAGAUUGAGUCUCUCGUGGCUCCUCGUCAGCAGCAAGCUGAGCAAAGUGCACCGCAGCUUCUUGGCAUUGUUCGCAGCGUUCUGUCUCGCUUUGAAGAGCAGUCUGUCUGAGCUCCAAGUUGUUGCAGAACACAGAGCGGAUGGUUGAAGGAGGAGGACGCAGAAGGAGGUUGAGAGAGUUGUUGAAGGUGUAGAUUUGUAACUUUUGAAUGUAAAAUGCAUGACGAUUGACUGAA